ACCUCGCCUUCGUCGAUCGAUGAAAUUAUUCUACCAGCUUUGUACUGUAGUAUUCUCUCUCAAGACACGCUAUGCCUUACAUAUGUUUACAUAGAUCACAUCUAUGCGUUCGUUGGCAUAACCCACAUUAGCGAUGAAUGCGUUAUGGGGUUGACCUCAUCGGUUUCUUUGGUUUCCCUAGUCUGCUUGUGUGGACCAAGCGUACUGGCUAAAAGGCCCAGGAUUGACCCCGCUGGUUGGCUGUCUCUGGCUGACAGAUGAGUUUGAGUUCCCCCGUUUUCUUGUGCUCUGACUUGAGUUCAAGAUUAACACCGUUGUCUUAUGCAUGGUGACAAGUAGGUACCAGAUCCUAUCCAAGUGUUUGGAGGUUGUCAGAUGGGGUGGGCGUAGCCGUUUAGUUUGCCAAAUCCUCUCGUUCCCCGUCGUCUGCUCCAUGAAUACUCCUCAAAGGAAACAAGGAUUAGGACCACAUCAUUCAAAGACUGACAACAUUCAUGAAUUUUGUAGUUCUCCUUGUACAUCUAAAAAUAGCUCCUAUCAACCUUCAUUAGACUGGAUGGAAGAGGAACUGGCCCGAGUUUGUGGAGAAGGGUCCGAAGAGAAAUCAUCUCCAAUCAUCAUGAGCCCUCAAGAAAACCCCAACUCAUCUUUACCAAUUGAACUUAGUGAAAAAUUGGUUGAGGGAAAUAGUCUUAAUAAUAAUAAUAUUAAACCAGAGAUCGAAAAGAUCCAAGAAAAUAACACGGCACCAUCAAUAAAACCAUUAGCUAAUGGUUUCAGUUGGCGACUUCUCAGAAAGAAAAACGAGGCAGAACUAGAGAGAAAACUCAAGAAAAUAGAAAUGAAUGGUGGGACCGAAAAGAGAGCAAGGCUUGAGAGGCGUUUUACCGAACUUUUUGGGCCUGAUGAUGUGCAUCCUAGUGCACUGAAUGGAAAAAGAAAAGAUCGUGAAGAAAUUGCCGCUCUCACAGUUAAGCAUCUCAUGCCGAUGUAUAAGAAACAAAAGAUAGCGUCGAAAGACCUAUUCAAAAAGUUAGCCAAACAAAUUUCCAAUUGUAUUAUGGAAAAAGUUGAUUGUCCAGGUGAGAAUGAUGUGCAGAGCAAAGUGCAAGAACUUUUUGCAAAUGGCAAAACUUUCACUUCUGAGGUAGACAUCGAUAGUUCAACUUAGUACCAUUUUCCAUUUUUUUAAACCUAAUAAUACUUGUGAUAUAGGUUAAGCCUGUUAUGGAGGUAUAUAAGGAUGCCUGGAUGAAAACAAAUAAAAAUGAUUUGACUAGCUUAAAUAGAA